GGCUUCACUGACAGUGAAACGAGCCGUUCAUCUCACCGGCUUUUGGUUUCUUAUGUUUCGCGGCAGUGCCGUUUCACUAGUCAGUGCACGACCGGCGGCGGCACGUGACCCCGCGGAGCGACAUGAUGAAGACUCUUGUGGUGUUUGACUUCGACCACACGCUGGUGGAUGACAACAGCGACACUUGGGUGGUCAAGUGUGCCCCUGACCAGCGCCUACCGGACUGGCUCAAGAACUCGUACGAGAAAGGACGCUGGACAGAGUACAUGGGCCGCGUCAUGUCCUACAUAGGCGAUAGCGCGGUCAGUGGGGACACCGUGCGGACCGUCAUGGAAAGCGUGCCCUUUACGGACGGAAUGGUGGAGCUGCUCAAGUUCAUCGCUACCCACAAAAAGAGCAUUGACUGCAUAAUCAUUUCAGAUUCGAACACUCUCUUCAUCGACUGGAUCCUGCAGGCGGCCGACGUCACCAAUGCUGUGGACAGGGUGUUCACGAACCCGGCGCGCUUCGACCACCGCGGCUACAUCACGGUGGAGCGGCACCAUUCCCACGAAUGCGCCCAGUGUCCGGUCAAUCUAUGCAAGAGGAAAGCGCUGCGCGACUUCGUAGAGAGUCAGGUCGAGGCAGGCGUUCGGUACCACAAGACGUGCUAUGUCGGUGAUGGAGGGAACGACCUGUGUCCCGUCACAAGUCUGGGACAGGGGGACUUGGUGAUGCCCCGUAAGGGAUACGCUUUAGAAAGGCUGCUCUCCAAGGCUAGAAGAGAGGAGCGUGCGCUAAAACCCCAAGUCGUGGCGUGGUGCAGCGGGCUGGAGAUCCUCCAUCAGUUGGCUGCGCUCAUUGAGUAACUGAGUCUUUGACCGGAUGAACUCAUGCUCAACUCAGUUGUGUGUCGCGUCAGGAAGGAGAAGCUGCUCGGAACUGGAACGAUGUAGAGCCAGUGUCAGCAUGUGUGACCUCUUCAUUUUUUGAUCCUUGAUAUUUAGCCAAAACAGGAUGAAAGAUGUCGGCAAUUUGCUUCUGAUCAAAUUUUCUAUAGUUUCAAAAUGAGGGUGCAUAUUUGUAUGCACCGUGUCUAAUUAUCUCCUCAUGAUAUGAAAAAUCUCAUCUGUGAAUUGUCUUUUUGUGCUUUAUAGUAAGAAGAUGCUGUUAAGUUACUCCAGCGUACUAUAUCAUUUAAUGUGAAAAUGAUGGUAUUAAAAUACAAAGUUUACUGGAGCUAUGUUGGCAGGGGGGUGACAGUAGCAGGGGAAUGCUGCUGUCAGUAAUAAGUCUUUUGUGGUGAGGCAAUUUUAAGAGAGAUUUAAAACUAGUUUGUGUUGCUACACCCAUCAUGUUUAGCUAAGCACUUGCUCUUCAGAGGGAGUGUUAAGGAAACAUACUUACACAUGGUGACACAAAGUAUACUCCCUGCUGACUCACCUGUCUAGUAGUAAUAAUCAUCUGGUAACAUCAUGGCAAUGGCUGUCAGUGUAUCAGGUCCACCUCAGCUUUUUCAAAAGCCAUAUACAAAAUAUUCUGUGAUGUCACAUACUCCUCAAGCACUGCUCAGAAACUGAAAAUUAGAACACUGCUAGCAGAUUUUUUACAACGCUAGUCGUUUUGUCCAAGAAAUUGUCCAGUCUCGGUGUAAGUAAACACAAAAUGAUUCUGUCAAAUGCAACUACUUGAAUUGUUUAUACUGAUCCUUUUGUUUAGCAGACAUCAUAACACUGAUAAAAGAUCUUGCACAUUUAAUGCUGCAAAAAAGGGAAUUAAGUUGUUGGAUUGUGCAAAUUUUAUAAUCUUUAUGGCAAUCACUGUUCUUGAAAGAGUUAAUGUGUUUUUUUUUUUAAAGCUGCAAAGGCUCUGUUAAGAUCAUU